AUGCCCCCUUCCAAACCCACUUUUUCUGGCCUGUUCCAACCGUCAUUGUUUAAGUCCUUACUAUUCAAAGCUAAGGUCUUGGGCAAAUUUGGAGGCAAACCUUCAGAAUCAUUGGUGCAGCCUCAGGCAAUAUCUUCUGAGACAAUAUUUGCAGACCAGGCCAUUGAGGCGGACAUGGUGCCCACCCCUAAGACCUUCCUUGACUUGGUCAAGCCACAGUGGGAAUUUCCCACCUCGGGGCCUAUACCUACUUCAAAUGAUAAAACAUUCUUCAAUGUGGACAAGGACAUGGCCCAGGUGCUGUUGCAACCUACUAUUAAUGCACCUGUCACGGCCUUGCAUACCACUGCAAAUAUGCCUGGAGCACCGGAGGAUGCCUUGAAACCAGAGGACAAGAAGGUUGACCUCACCCUGCAAAGGGGUCAUCAGGCGGCGGCCUGGGCAGGUAAUACAAAAUAUCUUGCGGGAGGGGGCGGAGGUGGUGAUGAUUGCCCCACAUUGGCCCAGGUGACCUUGGUUCGCCGACCUCCGAUCUCUCUCUGUGGACAGACCGUGGAAGAUCCCUCAAGAAAUGAUUUCGGUCAGCCAGGGGUCGCUGGAGCAUCCGGACCCUCAGUGGCUCCAAUUGACCGCCUGGCACUUGAGCAGAGCGUCCUGAGGGAGGACAAAUAUUCCUCCAGGGUCAUACAGACUAUUCAGGCUGCACGUAGACCAUCCACGGAGCGCAUCUACAGUUCUACAUGGCACUCAUUCUGCACAUGUUGCACCAGUAAGAAUUUUGACCUGGUACAAGCCACAGUCCCCCAGGUCUUGGACUUUCUUCAAGUGGGUCUGGAUAAAGGGUUGGCUCCUAAUACCAUCAGGAGACAAGUAUCUGCAAUCUCUUCUGUGUUUCUUUGUGACAGGUCACGAACACUGACUCAGCACCCUAUGGUCAGGUGGUUUAUCAAGGGUGCUUCUAAUCUCAAGCCACCCACGGUACAUAGGUAUCCUUCUUGGGAUUUACACAAGCUGUUGGACGCUCUAACAUGUGCCCCCUUUGAACCGCUACGGAAAGUUUCUCUCAGGUUCCUGACUCUCAAGGUGGCCUUUUUGGUGGCCAUCACCUCUGCCAGGCGGGUAUCUGAGCUACAGGCAUUGCCUACAAGGGAUGAUUUAUGUAUAUUUCACCAUGACAAGGUGGUUUUAAGGCUGGACCCCUCCUUCAUACCCAAGGUGUGCUCUUGCUUUCAUAGAUCUGAGGAAUUGAUUUUGCCUAAUUUCUGUCCAGAUUCUUCUCAUCCUUUAGAGAAAAAAUGGCAUACCUUGGACGCUUUGGGCCCUGUGCAGACCUGGCUGGGACAAGAGCUAGAAAAAUGUGGCAUUGAUGCCAUGAUUUAUACUCGCUAUGUCCUCAGUCUUCUGCUGCAUGAUAAUUAUGACUACGAUCUUCAGGAACAGAUAUGA